CAGAACAGCAACGCUUUAACGGCAUUAUUGUAAUUAACUAUGUCAAAUACGAAAUUCAAAAUCCCAACUAGAUCGUUUCACUUUUCACACACAACGGCUAUCUAAAAUAUAAACCCUAAACCAGAGUUCUAGUAACAAGUUUAUGAUCAUUUCGACUCUCACUCUUAACGUUCAUGGUUCUUCAUCUGAUCUCGAACAUAUCCCAGUUCAUGGUCUGAGCUUACGAAGAAGUAAAACAAGAUGGAUAAAGUUUGUGAAGAGCUAUACGAAGCUAAAGCAGAGAUUGAACGACUCAAGGCUGAAUACAAAGCUAAAUUGGAGCUGUCUGGGAGCUUGAAGAGAGCACUUGAUGGGCAGCUAGUUAAAAUCCAAGAGGCAAAUGCAACGAUUAAGAAGCAAGCUCAUGAGAUCGAUGAUAAAAUGGGGGAAAUCUGUAGUAUGAAGCAGACACAGGAAGGGCUUGAGAUUGGUAUGAAGGAGAAGGAGGGUUUGAUCAAGCACCUUCACUUGGCAAAUGAUAAGCUUCGUUUGAAAUAUGAUGAGAAUAACAAGAAAUGGGAAGACGAGAGGCGAGAGAUCUUAAUGAAUCUAGAAGACACAAACAUGAAGAACGAUGAUCUAGAAAGGAAAGUCGAACAAUUUAAAGAAGAGACCAAACGACUUAAAGGGCUUCUUGUUGCCACGGAGAAGAAGCCUAAGGAAGCAGAAAAUAAAGCAAAGAUGUCCAAAGAAUUUAAGCAAAGAGAUGAUGUCUUAUUCAAACUAGAGGAGGAUUACCAAAUAACAGUGGACCAGCUCAAGUGGAAAAAGGAACAAUUCCAACAUCUAGAAGAAGCCCAUAGAAAGCUUAGAAGCCAAUUUGACUCGAGCAAAAAAGAGUGGGAGCACGAAAGAUCAACAUUACUCGAUGAGAUCAGUAAAUUACAGAUGAGUCUAGAUUCUCAGACAAGAACCUCACAAGAUCUCCAAAGGCGGUUAAAGAUGUGUAGUGAAGCUCUGGCUCAUGAAGAGAGCCGUAGAAAAUCUCUGGAGAUUCAACUCUCAGAAACUAGAUCACGUUUCGAUGAUGUGUUUGUGCAAUCCGAGGAAGCCAAAUCCAGUGUUGAGUUGUUGACAUGUCAGAGGGAUAAAGACGUGGCCAAAUUGAGGGACUUAUUGGGUGAAAAAGAAGCCAUUCGCAAAGAAACAGAGUACCAAUGUGGGAGACUUAAGGAAGAGAAUCGGGAUUUGAAAUCAAGUCUCAAAGAAUUGCAGGAAGCUCAGAUUCAAGCAGCAGGAGCGAGUUCUUCUUCUUCACUUAAGAGUAAGCUUAAGAACUUGGAGCAGAAGCAUAGAGACUGUUCUAAGAACCUUGCAGUUAAAGAAUCUGAAUGGAGUACUAAAUUGAAUUUCAUGUUGAGAGAUUUGGAUGGAUUAAGGUCUGAUCUGGAGGAUAAGAAUAUGGUCAUAAGAAAUCUUGAAGCCGAGUUAGACUCUUCGACGAGACAGUUAGAGGAGAAGAAUAUUGAGACAUCUCUUAUUUUGAUGGUCUUGAAGUCUGGAAUUUCGGAUGUCCUACUGAAGUUUACAGAUGAUAUAGCUAAUUUGGAGCUGAAAAAUAAAGAGAAAGAAGAAAAGUUCCUUAAAGUCCAAUCUGAAGUUGAAGAAGAAAGUAAAAAAAUGGACUUGUUGACUAGAAAGUUGGAAACUUUCAAGGAUAUUGAACGCAGACAGGUCGCAAACGAUGGAACAGAUCUCGAGAGACUCGGAGAACAGCUCAAGGCAUCAACUGAAUGUCAGCAAAAUUUGAAGAAGCAAGUCAUGCAGUUGGAAUGUGACUUGAAAGAGGUUCGUCUUGCAUUAGGGAGAGCAAAUGAAGAACUGGAAGACAAGGUCCAUGAAGUCAAUGGGCUAGAGCUUGAUGCGCAGAAAUGGAGAUCUAUUGCGGAGGAGCUGAAAUUUAACCUUGAAGAGAAGCAACAUGUAACAGAAAAACUGAAGCAGCAAAUUGUCCAGAUGGAAAUUAGUCUGAAAGAGGAACAUCUUGAACUGGAAAGAGCAAACACUAAACUGGAAGAACAAUUCCUCACGGGAAAUGGACUGGAAUUUGAGAUGCUAACAUUGAAGUCUGUUGUUGAGCAGAUGAGAGGUGGUCUCGAAGAAAGACAACAACUGGAGAAAGAGCUUUUGGAAUCAGCUGGAUGUCAAGAUCGUCUAAACAAGCAAGUUGUCAUUUUGGAAAGUAAUUUAAAAGAGGUUCAUAAUGCAUUAGAAACAGCCAAGGCUGAACUUGAGGAAAAGUACAUGGAAGGGGAUGAACUAGGAUUUGAGCUGCAGACAUGGAAGUGCAUUGCUGAGAGGCUGAAAGUUGAUCUUGAGGAAAACCUGCAUAUGCGUAGACAAAUAGAAGAAUCUCUUCUUGCUGAAAUCGAGUUUGAAGUGACAAUCAAACAGGAAAAUGAUAAUCUUGCACAUGAAUUGGAAAUGAAAGGCAUAAGAUUAGCUGAACUACAACAACCCAGUCCUGCAUCAACACAGUCAUCCAUGGCUUGUGAAUCCGAUAUUGAUCUUGAUACGCACGAACAAGAAUGUAUUAGAAGAGAAUUCGAAGGAGCCAUUUUCGCACAUGCUAAUGCAGAAAAGAUUCUCGAAGAUUAUAAGAAUUUAUAUCACAGGCUUGUAGACGAAAGAGAUGAGAGAAUAAGCAACCUCAGUCAGCUUCUGAUGUUGGCUGAAGACACUCUCAAAACUAAGCAGAUUGAUAUUACUACUCUUGGUGAAGCCUGUGAAGAGAUGAGGACAGCUCAUGUUCUGAAGGAGAUGGACAUUCAUGUUAAAAAGAUGGAGAUUAUUUCACUGGAAGAAUAUUCUGUUGAGUUACAGGAUAAACUGCAGUUUCAGGAGCAGAACUUGUCCAGCUUAAAGGUGGAGAGAAAAGAGAUUGUGGCAGAGUUGGCUUCCAAGCAGUCAGAAAUAAAGAAAUUGGCUACAGAACUAAGAGCAUCAAAUUCUAUUAUCAAUCAACUCGAGAAUGAAAAGAGAAUGUUGGUUGGAGAUAUGAAGAGUUUAGUGUCUGAGAGAGAUGGUCUGUUUGAUUUUAUCGACAAAUUAUCAUCACGUAUACAAGAGCUGUCAAAUGAACAAACCAAGUUGACAGGGACUUGGCAAAGGAUUGUGCAGGAAGCGGGUAUCGAUGAAUUAGUUGAUGAUUCAAAAGAGAACAUUAUGGUUGGUGGUGGUGGUGGAAAGAAAGUCGAAGCCUCCUUUGCUGCAGAAGAAAGGUCCCCAUUCAAAUCUCUCCAAUUGAAUAGUAAAUGAGCAUAACAGGUAUUUCUUGUAUAGCUUGUAUCCAUUCUUUCACUAUCCUUAUUGUAGGUGAAUGAACCCCACGUGAGUUAUUUCAGAUUGUACACUAUUUGUUCAUUCUAUAACUGUUGUUCAGUUUGGCUAACUUCCAUUGAUUGAAAUGCAUUUCUUAA